AUGGCGCCCACACGCGGUCGACUGAAGGGUAUCUAUCCGGAGAGGAAGAAAGGCAGCAAGUCGACGUCCAAACAGAAAUCGAAGAAAGGCAAAUCGCAGCAGCAACAGUGCCAAGGCGACGCAGAUUCCGGCGGCGGGUGCACCGCCGAGGAGGAGGAGCUCCGGCAGUUCGACAUGGACAUGUGCUACGGCCCGUGCAUUGGCGUCACGCGGCUCCGGCGGUGGGAGCGCGCCGCCGCGAUGGGCCUGCGCCCGCCGCCGCACCUCCGUGACCUCAUCCUCCGGCAGCAGCAUCACGGCGGCGGCGCCUCGUCUCCACCACCCAAGAGCAAGAGCGACGGCCGCAAUAAUGGCGGCGACGUCGUCUCCCAGCUCGAGUGCCUAUGGGCAGGCAAGGUGUAG